AUGGUGGGUGGCGGCGGCGCGGGCAGCGCAUCGGACGGAACGGAGGGAGGAGUGGCCGUGGCCUUGGAGGGCGGUGGAGGCGCGAGGCCGAUGCGGCUGAUUGCCUUUGUCCUCACCUUGGCCGGCACGGCGCCCCUCGGCCCGACCGUCUUGGUCUUCAUCCUGCCCCCUUUCUUGGAAGCCGACGGGGCUUCAGCCGGCGGAGUUGCGGCCGGCGAAGCUGCGGCCGCCGCAGGUGCUUCGAAGAAUUGCUUCGGAAUCCUCUUCCUCUUCGACGGGAUGGUGGCACAGAUCAUGGCCGACACGGCGCCGGCGUUCGGCGGACCUCUGACGGGGACAUCAACCACCGCGGCCGAAGGUGGUGCACCGCCGGCGGUAGGCGGCCCUUGUGGAGGAUCCAUGGCAGCGGGAUCCGGCCGUCUCGUUACCGGGAAGGGCGGGGUGGAGGAGAUCGGGCGGCGGCGGUUGGCUUCAGCGAAACCCUUCGCGCGCAGUGGAGGGGAGGAUACUGGUUUGACCCUCUAUCCCCGCUCCCACCCCACACAAGUAGGGGGCGAAGGCCCGCCCCGUAAUCGAAACCAGCAAAAAUCAGAGCGGGGGCCGUUUUUACGGGGCCUGCUAGACGGCCGGAUUUAG